AGGGGGCACGACGGCUCUCAGGCUGGGACAAUAUUAUCUGCAAGCUGAAGAAGAAACUGAAUGCUCUUUUUUUUUCCUUCCCUCCCCACCCUUUUCCAUCCGGAGAGGAAAAAAAAAACCACAGUCGGCAAAGGCGGACACCCCCAGAGCUGCAGGCGGCUGUGCCCGCGGUGUGUUCACAGAUUCCACUAUGGAGACAGACAGACGGCAGCAGAUGGAACCACAGACAGAUUGGGAGAGACCUGGCUCCAGCAGCCAGGCAGUCUCUGGCCCAGCCCUGCCUGCCUGCUCUUUUUCCCAAACAAACGGAUCAGACGAAUAAAUGCUCAUAAAUAAAUACCUCUGGGCUUAGAUAAGAGCGGUGAGGCGCUGCUUCCUUUCAUGCCCAACUCCAGGCGCCCGGCCCUGCCUGGAGUGGCUUGGUCUCCCAACAGGCAACCUACAGAGGUGAGGUUACAUUGCUGGCUGCAACCCUCAGGAUCCAGCGAUGCUUUUCCCGCUACUACCACAGGGAAAAGCACCUCCUUCCCCAGGUCUUACCCAGACUCCACAGGGAAGAUCAUGCUGGUCCUAGGGCGGGGAUCUGGUAGCCCCGGAGGGCUGAGGCCCAGGGCCCAGCCUCAGUGGCAGGGAGCAGGGAGGUGCAGGCAGCCAUGCUGCCCCACCUGGCUCUGGCUGCUCCAGCAGGCCCCCCUCCGCCCCCACUCUGUAGGAGAGGGCCUAUUUGUGCUGCUCUGUCAUUAGGGGCCUUGGAUUUUUUUUCCCUUAAACACUCAUCAAAAACCCCUGUGGGAGUAUUGCAGGCUAGGAAGUGGUUGGAAAGACCCCCAGGGACGACCACUUGGCCAUGAAGGUGCAGCGUACUACUUGUCCUAAGUUCAGAGACCACUCUGUGCCCAAAGAAGUUCCCACCCUUGGUCACCCAACCUCAGCCCUCUACCACCUUCCCCUGUGUCAGUGGGCAGAGCUGGCUCACAAAGAGGAAGGGAGAGGAAGGUCAGCUUAGCUUGACAUCAGAAUUUGUCUCAUACCCUGGCACCCUGGUUGGGUGGUAGUCACCCUUUACUGCCUGGCCUGUGUGUCCAUAUUACACUGUUGGGAACACGUUGUGAUUCGGCUUCAGCUUGGGCCCAAGGCUCAUUUUCUUUGGAUGAGAGAGAGGCACAGACAUGCUCUUUCACACCCAAGCUUAAAUGGCAGCAGCAAAGCCAAGGAUACAAAUAUGGUGUGUGGGAGGGACUUGGAGGGAUGCUGUGAGUCAGACAGAAGGGCCGUGAGUGUCUGCAUAGGGAACGUGGGCUGAUGGCUGGAAACUGCCUGCCACCGAGGUCCCAGGAGGACCAGAACACCCCCACCCCCCACCCCGCCGCCAUUCUUGUAAAACCAAACCAAAAGUAAGUCUGAGGAGCGAAUGAAUUUUCAAAAAGACUGUCAGCCUCCCGAGAGAGCUGGGAGAGGGGGACCAGGAUCUCUCCCCCAUCAGGAGGAUUUAAAGCCCCACAGUGGAAAGAGGAGCACUCCCCCCACCCCGUACCCAGGCUUAAUGGGACAUCCUUAGUUCCUGAAAAAUCUGUAGCCCGGGAUAUUCUUCUGUCUUUUGGGAACGGAGUGAGGGUUGCAGGCAGGAGAGGCAUCAGACAAAUAAAGCCACCUGAGCUGGGGGUGCCCCUCACCCUUCCUCCCCAUAGCCCCAAGCGAGGAGGAGAGGGGCUAGUCCCUUUCCCCAGUGCCUCUUCCCCCGCCACGAGUGAGCGGCUCCCUGCUAGAACCAGGUGGGGUGUCUCAGGCAGCAGUGAGCACAGCCUUCGGAAGAAGCCCCCAGCCCAGCCCCAGAGUGGGUGUGUGUGGGGGGGAGCCUGGGCUCAGCCCCUCCUGCUGUGGCCCGCUCUUCUGGGUCUUCCAGACAGUGGGUUCUGGCCUGCCCCUCAGCCCCUACCAGUACCAGGCAAGCAGGAAUAAGGUACCUAAACCUGCAGGAGAGAGAGCAGAGCUGACGCAGAGGAAAGCCGGUGGCCAAAACCUGGGAAGGAGGGCGUCUCUCUGGACCGAUGCAGAUACAAAUAAGCAGAGAACUCUUCUCACCUCCUGUCAGCCCCAAAGCCUGGGGGAGCAAACCGGCUCCUUUCCUUCUCCCUCAACGAGAUUCAGGGAGGUUGACUCGCCCCUCCACCGAGGGAAGGGGCCCAAGCAAUGCAGGGGUUAACUUUUCUGAAAACGCAAUUAACUUUUCCCUAUCCUGCGUGGGGUGGGUGGGGGAGGGAGGUAUUUAUUUAAUCACUGGGGAAUGGGGUGGUCUCAGCCCAAAUGCUCCCUCCUCUUGGAAGGCACAAGCGCCUCUUCGGCAGAUCCUACGUAGGUGGCACAGGACGCGCUGUGUUGUUGGGGGGAGAGGGAGAGAGAGAAAGGAGAAGGAGGGAAAAAAAAAAGGUUGAUAGGUUUGUGCGCGGGUCCCUCGUGCGGGCUGCGCUCCUCCUGGGUGCUAUUUGACAAUUCCUGCCUCUGCCAUUGGUCAGUGUUGGAUCAGAUGGUUGUAUUUCCUUCUGGCCCUCACUGGCACCUCGCCAUCCCUCCUCAGCUAAAACCCAAUCUCGGAUAUACUACUAAUAGGCGCGGCGCUCGGACUAUAAAACACAACAAAUCAUAAACCCGGAGGAGCAGCAGCGGCCGCGCGCGCCUCCCCGACAGAUGAGUUCCUAUUUCGUGAACUCCACCUUCCCCGUCACUCUGGCCAGCGGGCAGGAGUCCUUCCUGGGCCAGCUGCCGCUCUACUCGUCGGGCUAUGCGGACCCGCUGAGGCACUACCCCGCACCCUACGGGCCGGGGCCCGGCCAGGACAAGGGCUUUGCGGCUUCCUCCUAUUACCCGCCGGCCGGCGGCGGCUACGGCCGAGCGGCGCCCUGCGACUACGGGCCGGCGCCGGCCUUCUACCGCGAGAAGGAGUCGGCCUGCGCGCUCUCGGGCGCCGACGAGCCGCCCCCGUUCCACCCCGAGCCGCGGAAGUCGGACUGCGCGCAAGACAAGAGCGUGUUUGGCGAGACGGAAGAGCAGAAGUGCUCCACUCCGGUCUACCCGUGGAUGCAGCGGAUGAAUUCGUGCAACAGUUCUUCCUUUGGGCCCAGCGGCCGGCGGGGCCGCCAGACCUACACGCGCUACCAGACGCUGGAGCUGGAGAAGGAGUUCCACUACAACCGCUACCUGACGCGGCGGCGGCGCAUCGAGAUCGCGCACGCCCUGUGCCUCACCGAGCGCCAGAUCAAGAUCUGGUUCCAGAACCGGCGCAUGAAGUGGAAAAAGGAGAGCAAACUGCUCAGCGCGUCUCAGCUCAGCGCCGAGGAGGAGGAAGAAAAGCCAGCCGAGUGAAGGUGCUGGAAAGGGAGGGGGGACGCGGAAAGGGAGAGGCCUGCGGGGCGCCCAGGGCUUCUGAGAGCCCGGAGCAGGCUCUGCGGGCGGGGGAGCCUGGGGACCCGCUCCCCAGCGUGCGCCAGGCGGGGCCCAGCGCUCUCCCGGACGCCCCCGUCCGCAGAGCGCUCGCUGGGUGCGCGGCGGCGGCGCUGCCCGAGCCCACCCAGCACCCCGAGCGCCUCCUCCCUCCCGAGGAACCCGCCUGGGCCCGAUCUGGCCCCCCGGUGAGAACUGAGGAUCGGACUCACUCGAUGUUUCCCGGAAGCAGAGCGCACUGCUCUCAUCCGUGUCGCGUCUCCAUUCCGUCCAUGUUCCCCCCACCCCACCGUGCACGGUUCAAUGGUAGAUUCGUUGUCCCCUCAGCAGGGGCCUCGAAGACUCCCUGGCCCCAGCCCUGUCGUCUCUCCCACCCCGUCCCCCAAGCCACUGGAAGGAGCACAUACUACCUAGAAGUAAGAAGAGGAGCCUCAGAAGAAAACAAAGUUCUAUUUUAUUAAUUUUCUAUGUGUUGUGUUUGUAGUCUUGUCUUAGCUCUGGACGUGAAAUACUUCGGUAAUAAUAUUAAUAUUAUUAAUAAUGAUGAUAAAUAAUAAUAAAGACGUGAAAACUCGCCGCUCAGUCA